UUUAACAGAGAUCCGAGGAGAACUCGAGCAGCACGGAGCACCAGACAGCUCGACUAAAACACUGAGCAGUUUCAGCACCAGCGCGAGUGGACAGCGACAGUAGCAGCAUCUCCAAACUCUCAUCAUGGUUCUCAUCUGGACCCAGUUCGGUGUGAAGCAGAAAAACGGCAAUGUCAAGUGCAAAGUACGAGUUAUGCACAGGGGUGACAGCUCAGGCUCAGCAUCAUCAGCUGAAAGCACCAAGUCUGAGCAGGACACACCUUGCCUGUCUAUCAAACCCCCGGGCAAGGAUUUCUACAAAGUCCUGGGUGUCGCCCCAGAAUCCAAUGAGGAUGAGAUCAAGAAGGCCUACAGGAAGAUGGCUCUCAAGUUCCACCCAGACAAGAACAGCGAUGCUGAUGCAGAGGACAAGUUCAAAGAGAUUGCAGAGGCAUAUGAGAUUCUGACCGACCCCAAAAAGAGAAGCAUAUACGAUCAGUUUGGAGAGGAAGGGCUUAAAAAUGGAGGGAACAUCUUCCGCAAUAGUUGCCAUAGUGACCCCCACGCCACCUUCUCCACUUUCUUUCACGGCUCCGAUCACUUCGACAUCUUCUUCAACAGUGACCUUGAUGGUGAAGAUGAGCUUUUCAAUCCCUUUAGACGCUUCCCCUUCAGUCACGUGGGCGGCUCUUCCAGCCAUGAACCCGGCCUGCGAAAGGGCCAGCGGCGGAUGCAGACCAAAGCAGUGCUCCAUGAUCUGCCAGUGACCCUGGAGGACGUGAUGCACGGCUGCACCAAGCACGUGAAAAUCACCCGCAGUCGCCUUAACCCUGACGGCCGUAGCCUUCGGACUGAGGAGAAGGUGCUAAAUGUGGUGGUGAAGAAAGGCUGGAAAGCUGGAACGAAGAUCACUUUCCCCAGGGAGGGAGAUGAGGCCCCCAACAACACUCCUGCAGACAUCACCUUUGUUCUCAGGGAUGAGGAGAACCAGAAGUACAAGAGAGAUGGGGCCAACAUAAUCUACACUGCACAGAUCACCCUUAAAGAGGCUCUCUGCGGCUGCACAGUCAACGUCCCAACACUUGACAACCGAAUGAUGCCUCUUCCAUGCAGCGAUGUUAUCAAACCCGGUGCUGUCCGGCGGCUGAGGGGCGAGGGUCUGCCGCUGCCCAAGAGCCCAUCCCAGCGGGGCGACUUGAUGGUGGAGUUCCAGGUGCUUUUCCCGGACAGGAUCCCGCCACAAUCUCGCGAGAUCAUCAAGCACAGCCUCGGCCAGUGCUAACCUACUCCGCUUCUAGUUCACAAAGGCUCACGCCGUGUCUUUGUUGUAAUCAAUUCACAAACACAGCCUCGCCCAAGGUGCUAACAUCACAACCAAUCACAACCUCUUAUUGUGUUUGGAGAUGGCAAGCAGUGCUGAGUUGGUAGUUCAGACAGGACUUGUGAGGAGAACUUUUCUGCAGAUUUUCGGCAUGUUACACAAUAUGAUGCCACAUGAGAAGCGAGAGCAGAAUUAGUUAAAGGUGUCUGAGGGUUAACUUUGAUGCAAGAGCCUUCUCUUGAUUGAAAAGUGUAUCUGUACUGUUAUACUUGCGAACAUUUGGCAGGAUAUCAGUGUGCUAUUUGAGUCUGUAUAGACUUCUUUAAACUGAGGGGUUGAAGGUGAUAGAAGAAGAAAAAAAACAACUUAUUCUUUUUCUUCUUAUUUUUUAUUAUCAUAGUUAUAUGGUGCUCAUAUGACUGAUGUUUUGCAUUGAUUUAUAACAAUAGCAAACGUACUUGUGUGCAAAGAGCUACUUUGUGUACAAAAUUAAAAAAUAUUGUCUCUAAAAGAGAUUCACCAGUCAAAUGUUCCAUUGAAUUAAAGCAUGACUAAUAAAGAAAAAGUGAAACAAUAAUUGAACGUCUUGCUUCUACUGUUCUUUUUCAUAUUUAUAUUUUGUAUUAUAGGUCCUAGAUAUUGUUGUAUUGUAUUUUAAUUGUUAGAAAAGCCC